AUGGAUUGUGUUUGCACCCCUCAGCUCUCUUUUAUGAUUAAUGGAUCUCUUUAUGGCUUCUUUCAACCUAAAAGGGGUCUCCGUCAAGGUGAUCUUAUGUCUCCACUGUUAUUCGUUAUUGGAAUGGAGUAUCUUUCGCGUAUUUUGAAGAAAGUGGCUAAUCUUACUGGUUUCCAAUUUCAUCAGAGAUGUAAAAGUAUAAAGCUUACACAUUUAUGUUUUGCGGAUGAUUUACUUCUUUUUUGCAAAGGAGACUACAAUUUUUCCAGCUUGCUCUUACAAGGUUUCAAAUUAUUCUCCAAUACUUCAGGGCUUCAACCUAAUAUGGGGAAAUCGGCAGUCUAUGGGGCAGGUUUGGACACUUGCACUCUAACUCGUAUUGAACUAAUUUAUGGUUUUCAAAGAAGCUGUUUUCCUUUUAGAUACCUUGGUUUGAAAAUUUUCUCCAAAAGGUUAUAUCCAACUGAUUGUGAAUGUUUAGUGGACCGAAUGACUAGUAGAAUUAGAACUUGGAGUAGUAGAAAUCUGUCCUAUGCAGGGCGUAUGUGUAGUUGGUGGACUUAUGAAGCCCCUGCUGAUGCUAGUUGGUAUUGGAAAAGAAUAGUGCAGACUAAAGACAAACUAAAGCAGGUUUUUACUGAAUUAGAGUUCCAGACCUUUCAAUACAACAUUGCUGAGAUUUACUCAAAAUUAAGGUCAAAUUCAGGUGGGUUGUGGCCUUAUGCUUUGAUUUGGGAUUCUUUUUGUACUCCAAAACACAGAGUCAUCUCUUGGUUAGCUGUGAGACUCCGGCUUCCAACUAAGGAUAGGCUUUUUCGCAUUGCAGUGGUGAGGUCUAGUACUUGCAUGAUAUGUGAUGAGUUUGAGGAAACUCACUCUUACCUGUUCUUUUCAUGCUGUUACAGUAGGAAGGUUAAGGAUGCAAUAAGCAUUUGGCUGGACUGGAAUAUGAGGAGUCAGGAUUUGAUUGGUUUAGUUAAACGACUCAAGAAGAGGAAAGUGUCUCAAGGAAGAAAGAAAAUUUACAUGAGUGCUAUUGCUGCUUUGGUCUACUUCAUUUGGCAAAGUAGGAAUAGUGUUUUAUGGGAGCAUAAACUCCCUACAGUCCAAGUAAUUGUUCAUAACAUCAAAUAUGCUAUGUGUAAUAGAAUUCAAUUCAUGAGCACAAAAAAAUUCAAUAGAAUAGACAAGGAUUGGGUGGAGUCAUUAUACAAAGAUUGUAAUUAG